ACUGUGAUAUUUAUACAUUUCGUGGUUGCCACAAUAGUAUAGAUAGUACCAUCUUAAAUUCUGCAAGGUACUUCAAAUGUGUUUAAUUAAAUAAUAGUUGGCAACACUGACUCCAACCUACGAAUUCUGUCCAUUGUUCAACCACGGUGUCACGAUGACUCCCGGGGCGUUCGCUAAACUAUUUGUAUUGAGCAAUAUAUUUCGUGCAUGCACUAACAACAUUACAGUAAAAUAUUCUGCGUACGAGCUGCGGGAUGUUAUUUUUUUCCAUGUUGCUGUUUGCUGUCGAAUAUUAUAGUAUUAUAAAAUAAUAGUGCAAUUUGAAUUGGUUAAUAACUAUCAUCGCGGCUUUUGAAUUUUAUAAUAUAAUAAACUGCGGACAUUGUUUUAUAUUAUGUCAUCUUCUUGUACAUCCCAUUCAGACGAGCAACAGGCUACAAUUGACGCCGAGAACGCCGUGAACCUAAAUAUUUUCGACGACGGUAGAGAUGAGUCGUGCCCGGCUGAUUUGAUGCGGGACCGUGCGGCUCGUAAAAUAAUAUUUGACAGGGGCUUCAUUGACGGCAUAAACAUGCGUUUGUCAUUUCCAUCAGAAUUGAAGUCGGUGAACGCAUCGAAUGAACCAGUGGAAGUUUUUUCCAUGGUUAAUAUCACCAAUGCCGCCAUGGUUGCAGAUGUCGCACUCAGGUCAUCGAUGAAUGCAUUGCAAGCAGCCUCGUUGGCAGUUGAUUUGUCAAAUGAGCCCGCUGAAGUCACAGCCAUCGAGGCGAUGGUGACAGUUGCGUUGGAUGCCGCGAAGACAGCUGAAGUUGCGGCCAGUGUGGCUCGGUCCAUAUCACAUAGAAGCAGACGUUCACUUGGUAUGGAUGAAUAACUAGGUAUAUCCAUGAUUGCGGACUAACACACGAUAGCACCAUAUUUUUAUUGUGCAUCAUACAAUUAUUAUAUUUCAUAUACGUAUAUAUUACUUCAGCAAGUUAAUGUAACGUUAAUUUUCAAUUUUAAAUAAAUACAACAUUUUAAAUUUUUGUUCUAACUCUAUAGGCCUAUUUGAUUAGUGAUAGUAUGAAGAGAAAGAAGCGGACAAAUGUUAGUACCUAGAUACAGCAUCUAAUAGUUCGAUUUCUUUGUGCUUUUAUACCCAUGGUUAUGAAGUUAGCCCCCCUCCCCCCACCACACCAUCAUAAAAAUUAUCCAUACUAGUGCAAAUAUUUAGGAAAUGGAUUGCGAAUAAUUGCAAAUGAAUAACUAGGUUUGAGAGGACUAACUUCAUGGAGCCCCCCCUACUUUGUCUAAUCCAUUCCAAACCAAAGUAAAUAUUUAAAAAUUCCGUUGCAAAUAAUUGUAAAUUGCUUUUUGAAUUUGGAAAUUAAUACCGUACAUUUUGUCAACCCUCCCUUUUAUCGAAACCAUUGUUUUCAUAUGUUAUACAGUGUCCGCGAAAAUUUGGUAGGCACACUUUAUAACUCACUUGCGUACAUUUCUUAGUAGUCUAUACAUGUUCUAUAAUUCUGUCUGGGUGAGAUUGAUGAUCCAAUAGUCUAGUGUUAUGUCCCACAAACAGAAUUCAAAAUUAUGUAUAGUUUACUAUGAAAUAUGAUUA